AUGGUGAAUGCCUGGAAGAGAGAGAGGGCUUCCUCCCUGCUCUCUCUCCGGGUCUUCCUCCUCGCCGCCCCCGCCGCUCUCCUCCUUUUCCUCCUCUUCUUCUUCCUCUCCUCCCCCUCCUCAUCCUCCUCCUCCAAGAUCUACACCACAGCCGCCGGCUCCUCCGAGAUCUACCCAGUGUAUGGCUUCCCCACAUCGAUCCCGCCGUUCGACUGCCGGAGAUGCCCGCAGGCGUCCCCGGUCUUCGCGAGCGUGGUGGAGGGGGUGCCCCGCCCGUUUUUGUACUCGCUCGCCGACCUCGGGAGCCUCCCGGAGAGGCCUCACAAGAACAUCGCCCGCUUGCUCAAGGGAAAGCCCUUCCGCCGCCCCGACAUCUCCCUCACCGUCCAGGACCUGCUCGAGAAAAAGAAGACCGGGGGGCAAGAGGGGCUCGUGGUGGACGUGGGCGCCAACGUCGGCAUGGCCUCCUUCGCGGCCGCGGCCAUGGGGUUCAGGGUCCUCGCCUUCGAGCCCGUCUUCGAGAACCUCCAGCGGAUCUGCGACGGCCUCUUCCUCAACCGAGCCUGGGAUCAGGUCACCGUCUUUGCCGCCGCCGCCUCCGACCACAGGGGAAACAUCACCUUCCACAAGGUACCAACCGACCCUUCCACUCCCCCAAUUCCGUUUUCUUACUGCUUUGAUUUCUUCUGAGACCCUCCCUCUCCCUCCCUUCCUUGCCGCCGUCCCCGGCGUCUCAUGGUGUUGGAUUAUAAUUACUUAAUGGGUGCUGCUGCGCCGCCAGCUGUUGGGGAGGCUAGACAACAGCGCCGUGUCGGCGGCAGGGGCGCGGCUGGCGUUCAAGUCGAACGAGGAGGUGGCGGUGGAGGUGGCGGCGGUGCCGCUGGACGAGGUGGUGCCGGCGACGGAGAGGGUGGCGCUGCUGAAGAUCGACGUGCAGGGGUGGGAGCUGCACGUGCUGAGGGGUGCCGAGCGGCUGCUCUCCAGGAAGCCCAGGGAAGCCCCCUACCUCAUCUACGAGGAGGACGAGCGCCUCCUCCAGGCCAGCAACAGCAGCUCCCACGAGAUCCGCCGCUUCCUCGCCAGCCUCGGCUACAACCACUGCACCCUCCACGGCACCGACGCCCACUGCACCAAGGAUUAG